GUGAGAGGAUCAUGACGUGGCAAAUAUGCUGCGACAGACUGACGGGUAAAUGGUAAUUGAAUAAUUUUCUGGAAACUCGCCGCGGAGCCGGAGCCGAUCUCAGUGGUGGGUACAAGCGGAAAGCAAAAAAUACACAAACUCAGUUUCAGCAAAUGGAUGACCAAGGAAUUCUCGAAGCAGAGAGAUACCAGAUGGAGCAGAUUCGAGAGCUUGAAUUUGAGGAAUUACAGGUAGAGGAAGUGGAGGAAAGCAACUCAUCGGACGAUGAACGUGACGCCGCUGGUGCUUCAUCAGGCGAAUAUACUUUUAACACUCGCCUGGCUCCAUUACACACUUAUCUUGGUGAGGUUGAAGAUACCCACCGUAGAUUGGCUUUCUUAGAAGCUGGUGCCAUAUUAACUCUUCCACUGUUCUAUCUUGAAGGGGUUGUUCUUUUCCCAGGGGCCAUCCUUCCUCUUAGAGUUAUUCAUCCUAAUUUCAUAUCUGCUGUUGAGAGGGCAUUAACACAAGUUGAUGCUCCUUACACUAUAGGCGUGGUUCGUGCUUACAGGGAUCAUGAUAGCAGACAAUUAAGGUUUGCAACUAUUGGGACAACUGCGGAGAUUAGACAAUACCGGCGGUUAGAGGAUGGAUCACUGAAUGUAGUUACUCGUGGCCAGCAGCGCAUUUGUUUAAGACGACGUUGGAUUGAUGUGGAAGGAGUGCCAUAUGGGGAGUUUCAAAUUAUCCAGGAAGAUCUUCCAUUAAGGGCACCACAGGAUGCAUUUGGAAAAUUGGCACCAUUAUGUAAUUUUAAUGGCCAUAAUGUCUCAUAUACAGUGCCUUCAAAAGUCUCAUUGCAUGGCCAUGGAGAUAGUGACAAUGAUUCAGAGGAAAGCCUUGAGAUUGAGGUUUCACUGGCUGAAAAGGGAACCCAUCAUUCUGUAAUCGAUUCAUGUUGUAACUAUGAUAUGAUGGAUGAAUCAACAAGCAGUGGUGAUGAGAAGUUUAAUUCAGAAAUUAAAUUUGUAAGUUCUCGCACAAGUGAUUCUGGGCCUAGUUCUACACCAGCAAAGCAAUCUCACGAAGGGGAAGGUUCCAAAAGGCACUGGAAAAAUACCAACUUAAACCAGUUUCGUACAGUUCCAAGAGCAUUCUGGCCCUACUGGGUAUACCGUUUGUAUGACUCCUAUUGCCUUGCUGAAAGGGCUGCAGACAUGUGGAAACAGAUAGUUGGGGCGCCAAGCAUGGAUGGUUUUGUGAAAAAACCUGAUCUUUUAUCAUUUUGUAUUGCAAGUAAACUUCCUGUGUCUGAAUCCACAAGGCAGGAGCUUUUGGAGAUUGAUGGCAUUUCAUAUCGCCUGCAACAGGAAAUUGAUUUACUAAAAAAUUUUAAUCUUGUUCGGUGUAAAAAUUGUCAGACUGUGAUUGCCAGGCGGAGUGAUGUGUUGGUGAUGUCUAGUGAAGGUCCUCUUGGGGCUUAUGUUAACCCACAUGGUUCUGUGCAUGAGAUAAUGACUUUUUAUAGAAUAAAUGACUUAGCACUUGAAGGGGUAGCAGCUACAGAAUACAGCUGGUUUCCUGGAUAUGCAUGGACAGUAGCAUACUGCGCCAAUUGUGAAUCCCAUAUGGGGUGGCUUUUCACAGCCACAAAGAAGAAGUUGGAGCCUCGAUCUUUUUGGGCAAUCCGGAGUGCCCAGGUUGCUGAUGAUAUACAGUAAGUUCAGAAUCAUAAUUUUCUGACUGCGGCACUGAAUUCUGGUUGUGGCCUUUUAAUGAACUUACCCUGUAUAUAUAACUAGUCUUUUGUCCCCUCUUGGGAAAAAUAGUACAAACUUCUGUGACCUUAGACAAGUCUAUCUUUGUCAAGUAAUAUGAACUAUAGAAAUUUCAAAGCUAUGGAAGGUCUGGCUUGGAACAAUAA